AUGUCGCAGCCCUCAAAACCCGCAACGACCUACUUCAAGGUCGCCGUCAAAGUCUUACGCCUUCAAAGAGCACUGAGUCGCUCCAAAAGCGCAUCAAAGUCAAAAGACUCCUCCUCGGCCUCUUCUCCAGCCAACCCGACCCCUUGUACACCUACAACGCCCAGUUUCCAACACACCAACGGACGCAAGGUCUCCUAUCUCCAGUGCCACAACAACCACAACCAAAACGAAAAACAUCGUCACAACCACAACCACCACCAAUAUCACAGCCAGAGCCACCAUGGACGCCAUUAUAGAUCCGAAAGCUUUGACACACCUCUCUACACACUCCAGCGCAAACGCUACACCGUCUCUUCUUCGCCGUCGUCCUCCUCUUCAUACAGCACAGGCCAUCACUCGCCAUCGUCGUCUGCAUCUUUGUCCCACAAGCACGACGUAUGCAAGGAGGUCAUGUUAUUGCCAUCAGCUCCCAACAUGCAUAGUCGACGAUCCGCCUCGCCUGCGACCUUUCCGGUCUUUUCCAUCCAGCAGCAGCAGCAGCAGAAGGCAUCGGUCUCGUCCCUUUCCCGCAGCAAAUCCAUGCCUAACCGUCGGUGGAAGAGAGCCUCGCAUCAGGUCGUUGUUGUCCCUCAACAUCUCGAUGCCUGGGUCGCUGGACUUGCUCCUCCCGCUGCUUAUGAAGCUAACAAUGUCUAUCUGCCCCGCCGGAGUCUGUCGGUGAGGCCUAGAGCCAGCAGCACCAUCAGUGUGACUUCUCCAUUACCCUCACCUACAUCCUCACCGCAGCACCAAGACCUGGAAGACAAGGAGACUGCCUUGUCUGACACCUGCGAGGGAGGAGUCCAAGAGGAGGUCUUGGACCGGGCCUUCGCACGCAUUCCCAAUCCGACCGUCUCUGACUCGGGCCCAACCAGCAUCGACGCGACCACGACGGCAGUAACAACCCUCCAACGGUCCAACGCAAUCAAGGCCACUUCUCCUUCGCAACAAAAUGGAGACGAACAAGCUACAGGGGAAUCGCUAAGGAAUACCACCGACACUACUCCUGGUUCCAGACCAUCAAGGUCAUUCACUAGUUCCAGUCUCAGCAGCAGUGCUAGCUCCGUCUUUUCAACCGCCAUGCCCUUGGCGGACUCGAGAAUGUCGAUUGAGUCCCAACGGUCGGAAUCGUCGCUCUUGUCGGCAGUCAUCUCGGCUGGGGGUUUGCCCUCAAUGGAUGUGAUGAUGGAUCAGGUCGACCGGAGCAUUGCUGCAGACAGCCAAGCACAGCUCGUCGAGAAUGCCCAUGUGGGUCUGGUGGGAUAUAUCUCUGUCGUUGACAGGAAUUUGCUCCCAGAGCCAUGCUCUGCUGAAAUCGAGACCUGGGUCUCCUAG